AUGCCAUUAGCCCCAUUAUGCGAUGUUCCCUGGGAUAAUAACAACACUGUCCGUAAAACAAUCAAAAUUCAAGAUCAUUAUUCGUCGGAAAACGAUGAUUCGGAUGUGUCAUUGUCAACAACAAAUGAUUGUGCUAUUGCUAAUAGCGCUAUUGCUAGUACAGCUACCACAAAAUCAAUAGCAAUGACAUCCGAAAUUGAAAUUACUGAAAUUGCAAAAGAAGGUGAAAAAGCAGAUCCAUCACAAUUUGAACUUCUAUCCAUGAUUGGACAGGGUUCAUUUGGUAAAGUGUUACUUGUGAAGAAAAUACGUGGACGUGAUGCUGAACAAUUGUUUGCGAUGAAAAUUUUGAAGAAGGCUACUCUAAGAGUUCGUGACCGAUAUCGUACAAAAACGGAACGUGAUAUUUUGGCUCGAUUUCGUCAUCCAUUCAUUGUUCGACUUCAUUAUGCAUUUCAAACGGAGGGAAAAUUAUACUUAAUUCUUGAUUUCCUACCCGGUGGCGAUCUUUUCAAUCGUCUUUCUAAAGAAAUAAUGUUCACCGAAGAUGAUGUUAAAUUUUAUCUGGCAGAGAUUGCAUUAGCACUUGGACAUUUACAUUCGUUAGGUAUUGCAUAUAGAGAUUUGAAGCCAGAAAACGUUUUAUUAGAUGCUGAUGGACACAUUAAUCUUACGGAUUUUGGACUAUCAAAAGAAUCGAUUGAAAAAAAUGGAAAAACGUAUAGUUUUUGCGGCACUGUAGAAUAUAUGGCACCAGAAGUGGUUAAUCGACGAGGGCAUACAGUUGCAGCUGAUUGGUGGAGUCUUGGUGUUAUCAUGUAUGAAAUGCUAACUGGUGAUCUUCCAUUUCAUGGUUCGAAUCGUAGGGAAACGAUGUCAAUGAUUUUGAGGGCAAAAUUAACGAUGCCACAAUCAUUAUCAGUUGGAGCACAACAUUUACUAAGAGCGCUUUUCAAGCGCAAUCCGGCAAAUCGUUUAGGUUGUACAACUGAUGACGUGAAACAGAUCAAAUCACAUCCAUUCUUCGAUACAAUUAAUUGGGAAAAAUUAUAUAGGCGAGAAGUUCAGCCACCAUUCAAACCAUUAUGUACGCCAAGUAAUCAUACACGUUGUUUUGAUCCGGAAUUCACGAAAAAAACACCUCGCGAUUCACCUGCUUUACCACCGUCUGCAACUGCUCAUGAAUUAUUUCGUGGCUUCAGUUAUGUUGCUCCUUCUAUUCUCUCUAGCGAUAAGCCAAAUUUAUCAGUUAAUGUAAUCACUUCGCAUCUUCAGGGAGCUGAGAAAACGCAUAUUUACGAUGAAUACAAUUUCACUGAGAAUCUUGGAGCUGGCUCGUUUUCAUUAUGUAAGAAAUGUGUGCAUAGAAAAUCAGGUGCUGAAUUUGCUGUGAAGGAAGUUGACAUUCUAAGGCGUUACUCACAUCAUCCAAAUAUUGUCAAACUGUAUGCUGUUUAUGAAGAUAGUCUAAAUGUUUAUUUGGUGGAAGAGAUAUGCAGAGGUGGUGAAUUAUUAAAUAGAAUUAUUACGUUGAAACAUUUUUCGGAAAGAGAAACUGCUGCUGUAAUGUUAAGACUUGCAAAUGCUAUCAGUUAUUUACAUUCAAAUCAGGUGGUACAUCGUGAUUUAAAACCAUCCAAUAUAAUGUAUGCAUCAAAAACAGCUGAUCCGGAUUCAAUUAGGAUAAUCGAUUUUGGAUUUGCGAAACAAUUACGUGCUGAAAAUGGUUUGCUGAUGACACCAUGUUAUACAGCUCAAUUUGUUGCACCAGAAAUUUUGAAAAAGCAGGGUUAUGAUAUGAGUUGUGAUGUUUGGUCACUUGGAGUACUACUUUUUACUAUGCUUAGUGGUGAAACACCAUUUGCCACAAGUGAAAAUGAUUCGCCACAAAAAAUUUUGAAACGUGUUGGUGAGGGGAAAUAUUCAUUGAAUGGUCAAAAUUGGAUGAAUAUUUCGGAGCAAGCAAAAGAUCUUAUCCGAUAUCUUCUACAUGCUGAUCCAUCUAAACGUAUUUCAGCUAAGCAAAUUCUUAUUCAUCCAUGGAUUGUUCAUCUUAAUUCACUACCAACAAUACGUUUAAAUUUAUUCAACGAUCCAUCUAAAGUAAUGGAUGCAUUAGAUAAAACAUAUCAUGCAUUAGCAAAUAGUACAGCUACGUCAGUUCCGCUACGACCUGUUAUUGAAUCCGCUUUAGCACGUCGUCGACGUUUGAAUCGAAUGAAAAGUAUUACGAUUGAUGAUGAUAAUAUUAUUGAAGUAGCUAAUUCUGUGUAA